GCACCAAACAGCUCUCAGGUUUCUGCUGAUACUGCAGCAUCAAGAAAUGGCUCGAGUUUGCUCCUUGCUCUUAUGCAUUCAGCAGCCCUUUCGCUCCUGCCACACGCGUCCAGCUCCUGCCUCCUCCUGCUGCUGCUGCUGCCGGGACGAGCCAAGACCGACUCCGGGGAUGCGGCUGCAGGACUGCGGCUCUCUUACAUCUCCCCAGCCGCCGCUGCCCAGCGCCCGGCUCCUUUUCCAGCUAUCUUAAGGGAAGAGAGCAGGAAAGCCAGCAGCUAUCUAGGACUCCUUGAUUUUAUUUACUAACUCAAGCCUUUUGAAAAAGGUACUUUGCACUCUUUCCACCACCAACCCCCACCCCCCACUGCGGUUCUCGGCAGAAACUAAUUAAACCCACUCGCCCUUGGUGCAGCCUAAGACAGUGUAUGAAUAUUUCAGUGUCUCGCAGGCAGCCCUGUAAAGCGAUCGCUGUCUUAUUAAGAGGGGCGCAAGAGGAGGAGGAGGGUUGAGUUUGCCGCUGCGGUUUUUGUUUUGGUUUGGUUUUUUUUGGAUGCUGCUGCAAGGCGACUUGACGCAUUCCGGCACUGGCUCCUACUCCUAACCAGCGCAUCUCACUCGGAGCAGCAGCCACAGCGAUGGUCAAGUCAGCGAGAAAAGUGGACGGAUCGAGUUAAAGGCAAAAGGAGACGGCUGGGGAGGGGACCCCAGCCUGGGGGUGCACUUCAUAGACCUUCAGCCUCCUGGCUUGGGGGACAGGACCCCUCACCUUACCUGCCCUCUUCCCCCCCUAAAGGUACUUCUUCCCUCUUUCUUCACCCUCCCAUCAUCCCUGAUGCCUCUCCCUUCAUCCCACCUCUCCUUUGCCCUUUUGGAUAUUUCCAUCCUUUAGGCUCCUCAUCCACCCCUUCCUCAAGCUCUCCAUCCCAAUUCAUCAUCCCUCCCUGCAGACUCUGAGCCUCCCCUCCCAAUCCCCCUCCCCUCCCCCCCAAACCCCCCUUCCCACUGAACUGCCCUGGGGCUCUCUGCUCUCCUCCAUCCUCCUCCCCCCUCUCAAGUCCCUCUCCCUCACUUCUCCUCCCCUGCUCCUGGGUUCCCCUUCCUGUGUGCCACCAUGACCGUGAUGGCCGGAGAGAACAUGGAUGAGACUUCUGCGCUACCUGGCCACCCCCAGGAUAGCUACCAGCCCGCUGCCCACGAUGACCAUGAGUGCUGUGAGCGCGUAGUGAUAAACAUUGCUGGACUACGCUUUGAGACGCAGCUGAAGACCUUAGCCCAGUUCCCCAACACUCUGCUGGGCAACCCCAAGAAGCGCAUGCGGUACUUUGACCCCUUGCGCAAUGAGUACUUCUUUGACCGGAAUCGACCCAGCUUUGAUGCCAUCCUCUACUAUUAUCAGUCUGGGGGGCGGCUUCGCCGGCCGGUCAAUGUGCCCCUGGACAUGUUCUCUGAGGAGAUCAAAUUUUAUGAGCUGGGUGAGGAGGCCAUGGAGAAGUUCCGGGAAGAUGAAGGAUUCAUCAAAGAUGAGGAGAGACCUUUGCCAGAGGGGGAGUACCAGCGCCAAGUAUGGCUCCUCUUUGAAUACCCAGAGAGCUCUGGGCCUGCAAGGGUCAUUGCAAUAGUCUCUGUCAUGGUGAUCCUCAUCUCCAUCGUGAUCUUCUGCCUAGAGACAUUACCUGAGCUGAAAGAGGACAAGGAGUAUACAGUGCAUCGCACUGACAACACCACCCAGGUCUACAAAUCCAACAUAUUCACAGAUCCCUUCUUUGUUGUGGAGACCCUGUGCAUCAUCUGGUUCUCCUUUGAGCUGGUGGUGCGCUUCUUUGCUUGCCCCAGCAAGACUGAAUUCUUCAAGAAUAUCAUGAACUUCAUUGACAUUGUGGCCAUCAUCCCUUACUUCAUCACCCUGGGUACCGAGAUGGCUGAGCGGGAGGGGACUCAGAAAGGAGAGCAGGCCACCUCCUUGGCCAUCCUGAGAGUCAUCAGACUGGUAAGAGUCUUUCGAAUCUUCAAACUCUCCCGGCACUCUAAGGGCCUCCAGAUUUUGGGACAGACCCUCAAAGCAAGUAUGAGAGAGCUAGGUUUACUAAUCUUCUUCCUCUUCAUUGGGGUGAUCUUGUUCUCUAGUGCGGUAUAUUUUGCUGAGGCUGAAGAACCUGAGUCUCAUUUCACAAGUAUCCCUGAUGCUUUCUGGUGGGCGGUGGUAUCCAUGACCACUGUGGGCUAUGGUGACAUGUACCCUGUGACAAUUGGAGGCAAAAUCGUAGGCUCCUUGUGUGCCAUCGCUGGUGUGCUGACAAUUGCCCUGCCUGUACCUGUCAUCGUGUCCAACUUCAACUACUUCUACCACCGAGAAACAGAAGGGGAAGAACAGGCUCAGUUACUUCACGUUAGCUCCCCUAAUUUAGCAUCUGACAGUGAUCUCAGUCGCCGCAGCUCCUCCACAAUCAGCAAAUCUGAGUACAUGGAAAUCGAAGAGGAUAUGAAUAAUAGCAUAGACAAUUUUAGAGAGGCUAAUCUCAGAACUGGCAACUGCACUGUAGCCAACCAAAACUGCGUUAAUAAAAGCAAGCUGCUGACUGAUGUGUAAACAAAAAAACCCAGAAUCCCCACUCACAGCUUGAAGACUUUAGUGACACAGUCACACUUUGUAGAUGCUUUACUGAUAGUCUUUGAAUGCUUUAUUUACCUCGUAAAUGCAUCGUUGCAUUGCGAAUUUUUGCUCAGCGAUAAAGAAGCUUCCAGGAUCCAUGAAAGAUAAGAUUUUGUUUAUUUUUAAAAAGCAUUUUCCACCUGGUAAAUGAUAACCAUUUGAACUAGUUUAGUUUUAAGCUGUAUGACGCUAGACCUAAACCUUUCCUCUCCCAUCUCCCUUUUUGUUUUUGAUGAAGUUAACUUAAACUAAGCAAGACAGUUUUUAGAGCUAUAAAGCAUAUGCAUGGAUUCCAGUAAAAAUAUUCUGCAAAACUGCACAGCUGCAAGAAAGCGCAUCAGAUAAUAACAAUAAUAACAAAAAAAGAUUAGCAAAAACCUGCAGCAAGCAUUUGCCAUGGUUUUUAUGAAGGAGCGCAAAUUUUCCUUCUGCCCCCUAUGUGAAAGAUUACAUACUUCCAAUCUACAGAUCCACACAGCACCUUAUUAAAAACAUAUUUAAGCCUGGUCUCUUUUGCUGUCCAUAGAAGAACUAUUCUAAAAGGAAAAUAACAAACAAAACUGAAGACAAAACAUCUGCAAUGCUGCUAAGUUCUCUUACAUGCAGAUGAUUUAAACACACUUUUCCUUUUCCCUGUCCAGAACUGGAUACAAAACUUUAAGCCCCUCUGUUGCAAGAUAGCACAAUGGAGUUUAAUAUAAGCAUGUUUGAAUUUGAUACUAUUUAUUUUAUAAUCGCAUGCCUGAAACGUUACCUCAGACAAUAGCGGAUAAGCUUUCGUUUGAACUGAAUCUUCUAAAAAUAGGUCCUUUAUCUCUCUUCUUUCUUUUCUUUUCCUUUUUGAUUUGCAUUCACCAGAAGUGCACUCCUUAAUUUAUUAAAUCGUUGGCUAGUAAUUUAAAGUACUGUAUUUAAGUGCGUAUGUUAGUCAAAUGGGAACAAUAACUUUUGGAGAUCAAAGCAUGUUCAAAUAUUCAGCAUUAUGGCCUAUUUGAUUAAGGUGUAACUUGAAUUAAUUAAUGCAUGAAUUCAAUAAUAAUAAUGAUAACAAUAAUAAUAAUAACAAUAAAAACAAAAUAAAAAGUGCUUGAUAGACCGAGGGCCUGAAUGAACUGAUUAGAGAAACAUGAUUGUUUUCCUGCAUUGCUCAGGGAAACGUGUUGGCUUUUGUCCAGGCGUUGUCAGAAAGGAACACAUCCCAUCCCUUAAAGGGAAAGCUAUAUGGAAAAUUAAGAAGUCAAGUUAUAUAUAGCAACACCUAAAACCUAGUAUCCUUUAUAGUUGAAAGGUGCAGAUGCAUGCUUUUUGGUGCAUUCUCAGAAUGUAAAUGAAACUUAUCUAUUAUAUGCAUCCAAAUUGCAGCAGCUGGUUUCUUUUGCAGUCAUUAGUUGAGACUUCUUAUAUUCCCCUAAAACUCACUGAAGAGACUCAACAGAUUGAUUUAGAUAGUUGCGCAGUGCCUUUAUCUUACAUCCCCUAAAUUGCUGAAAGUGCCUCCAGGAACUGAGCUGAUCAGAGAUAGCGAAGGGCAAGGCACCAACACACUGUCAGGAGCGUUCUGUGCUGCCUCCUGGCACGUCGCAGAAGGGGGUAGAGAAAGAAAGAAAGAAAGAAAGAAAGAAAGAAAGAAAGAAAGAAAGAGAAAGAAAAAGAAAGAAGUGAGAGAGAGGGACGCAGAAGAGGCGGGCAGAGAUCACCAGCGCCCAUGGGAUACCUUCCUUCCCCCGCCAGUCUGAUGCUGCAGGGCUCAGCAGUUGCUUCUGCCAAAUAACUCAUAGUUGUGUUUAUGCAAAACUUCAAGUUUCCCUAGGUUGUUUAUAGAGACAUCGCUGCCAUCAUUGUAUCUGCCCUUCCUUUCCCUGAGAUGGCUUUUUGGCAGCCUGUCCCAGCAUGGCAGGAUGCAGGAGGAACUAGGGACCAGCAUGAACUGUGGCAUCGCCCAGUCAGGCAACCAGACUGCAGGGCUGUGCUUUUCUUUCCUUUGGAUUCCCCAUCAGGUAGUGGGAGAGGCUUUCCAGUGCCCUCCCAUCCCUGCCUCCUCCAUCCCCAUUCGGCAGUCUGUCAGAUCUUAAAUCCCAUCGCAGAUCCUUUAAGCCAUAUUCUUCUUUCUGGUCCCUAACCUUACUCUAUUUCCACCAUCGUCUGGUGAAGGAAGCAACACUAGGAGAAGGUAUCUUCUGCAAUAUGCCAGCCUUGACUGCUAGGCCCUGGAAGAUAAUAACCUUUGAUCUGAAGUAACGUAGGCACUAAUCUUUAUUUUUUAAAUGGACAAAGUUGAGGAUCUUCAUUCUGCACUUAGCAUGUGGCCAACUGCUGUUGAACACUUCUCCUUCCACAUUGUACAGAUCCUUUCUUCCCCUAUCUUUCUGAUAUAUGUAUGUAUGUUUAUAAAUAUAUAUAUGUGUUUCUGCGCAUGAGUGUGUGUCACACACAUACACAGACACACACAUAUAUUUAAAAUCAAGGCACUUAGAGCUAAAAAACCAACCCUAACUCUGCAGUUACGCACAAGCCUGACCUUCCAGGUUUCCAGAAAGACUUGACUUUAUUUCUCACUGUGUGGCUUCUGUGUGCAAUCAAGAACCGAGGGAGCUCUGACUCCUGCAAGAAAUGCAAAGCAUCAGAUAAAACAGGGCAUUACAUCCUCUAGGUAGAUGUUGUAAACCCUUCCUGUCCCCCAGUCACGCCCCUGCCCAUCAUACACCUCUCUCCCCAUUAAUUUCUGGUGGUCCUGAUCUUCCCAAACUCUUGAAUUCUAGGAUAUGAAUUCUCAUGUCAAAAUAGACUUGAAUGCUGCACUCAGCUUAUAAAACAACCAACUGACUAAACUAAACAGCAAUAAUCAAUUCAGUGCUGUGGGACUGAUGAUCAGAAAGUAGCAUCUGGGAGAUGAGGCCUCACUUUGGUAACUUAACUUCUGCCAUAGUUGGGUAUGCACACCUUAGUUUAAUAAGCAGAAUGAUAAUCGUUCUGCAUAUAUAAAGAGAAAAGUGGUGCAUGCAGUGAUUCUUCUUUGUCAGGAGACUGGGAUGGAUCAUUAGGACUCAGGGUGUUUUGGGGAGCCUGAAUGUUGCUUUGUCCAUUUAUAGCUCAUUGCAAAGGAUCUCAAUACAUAUGGAGUACAGGAAUUAACCUCAUGUAGCAUAGGCAUGCGUUUUUGACAAGUUUGACACAAAAACCACCACCAACAACCUCUUACUCCCUUUACAUAGGAGUGCUGAAAUGUCUUUGUGGGCCUGAAGGUGCACUUAACAAACUGCCUGUUCUUACCAUCUUGCAUCCUUUCCUUUUUCCUUCUUCCUUCCUUCCUUCCUUCCUUCCUUCCUUCCUUCCUUCCUUCCUUCCUUCCUUCUUUUCUUUCCUUCCUUCCUUCCUUCCUUCCUUCCUUCCUUCCUUCCUUCCUUCCUUCCUUCCUUCCUUCCUUCCUUCCUUCCUUCCUUCCUUCCUUCCUUCCUUCCUCCCUUUUGGCAUUUUUCUUUUUGCCACACAUGAGCUUUAUGGGGUUGUUUAUUUCAGUGGAAGAGGACUGGAAAUGAGCUGAUGGCCAAUUUAAUGCAUCUCUGAAAGAGUAGAGAGACCUUCGUUCCUUUGGUAGGGACCUCCCAGAAGCAACGCCCGUGUUAUGGUGGACGGAGAAACCAGUAGAUAUGGCAAUCAUCUUAAUUGGGCUGUAGUUUGAUGAGGCAAGGCAGCUGUUCCAGCGUAGGGUGUCACUACCCAGGCCUCCUUUACCAGCCACUGCUCUGUGCCUCUCUGUGUUUCUUAGUUGCCCCCGUACAGCUUUUUCUUCAUCCACUCAGUGAAGGGGAUGAGGGAACUUCUCUGGCAUGAGCAAGGCAGCAGUGCACUGCAGUGCAGAGGCAGGAAUGAAGUGGAGAGGCAGUGGGCAGGAAUCCCAUAGGCUGGUAUCACUGCCAAAAUUCCCCAUCUGGUCCUACCAUACUUAGGUAUAGAGCACUAGGGAACAGGCAGAGGAGCAAGGGGGAGAGUGAAAGUGAAAGGCUCUGUACCCCUUCCUUCACAGAACUGAGAGGUUGCUGCAAGACUGCCAAGAACUCAAAUCCUCUGUGUGGCAGCUCCAGCAGAGACAAUAAACUGGAUUUACUUGUUUUCACGAGGAAGUUAGUGUGCAGUAAGCCAGGGUGUGAGUUCACAGCAUCCUAGCAAACCCAUGCAGAUUACCUGCAUGGAGUCUCUUAAGCCUUAUCUCCACUGGGGACUUCAGGAAAGCUAAUCCGAAUUAAUGAAAGGUGUGCAUUUAAAGUAGAUUUGUUAAACUGCUUUAAAGCCCAGCAUGGACAUUCUGUUGCAGUAUAAAAGCAACCUUAAUCUGAUUUGGAGUCAUUCUUUUUGGAAGGAAAGUAAGCUGAAUUGAAUUAAGGCUGCUUUAAUUCUGAACACAAUGGGGCUUAAUGCAGUUUACCUCAUCUGCCUCACAGUUCAUUCAGAUAGAUAAGCCUUUAGUAAUCAUUAAAUGUAAUGGAACUGACCCUACUUUGCAGGUGGUGGCUGGGCAGAGCGUGGCCACAUGCUACAAAACUCUUAGUACGUGAGUGCUGGAAAUUCACAGCUUGGCUUACUGAGGGCUAACAUAUUGUUCCUGGUAACAAUUCUAGUGAUUUCCUUCCUUUGUUCCUGGUUUACACAUUUGUAGGUGUGAGGAGAAUCAAUCCCGCUGCCUUCUGGGAAGUUGACAAUGAUCAUGGCCCAAGGAAAUUAACUUCCACUUACAAAGUCUCUAACUGUGCACGUGCUUAAUGUGAUGUACUGUUGAUUAUGUGGACAAGCACUUGAAAGACAGUACGAAGCACUAGAGAUAGGACAAAAUUCAGCAGAAGUCCUCUUGUUUUCAGCAGUGAUUUUGCCCAAGUAGAGAUUUCAGGGAUCAGACCCUUCUUAGCAAAUCAUCUGUGUAUCGUUCAUUAGAGGCUGCAUUGGCCCAAAUCAACAAUUGGAGCUGUUGCAACUUUUAUUGACAAAGAUUUUACUAAGGGACAAUUAUUUUCUUUAGACAGAAGUACAGAAAGUUUGUUUCUGUUAUGAGAGCGCUGAAGCCCAAAUGUAACGUAAAAACCUGCUUAUUUUUAAGUAUAAGGAACUGAAGGCAAGUUUCACUUUUCCAUAGUUCACACUUGACAGUGCAGUUUCUUAUAUGCACAUACAUUAACCGAAAUGAAAUAAACACUAGGACAGGAACAUCUGAAGUUUAUUAGAAAAAGGUGGAAAAUUGUAUUUUAGAAUAAGAUCUUCUUCAUACAUAUGUAAUAUACAGGGAGAAUAUAUUCCUUUCCAAAUACUAGCUUGAGAACUGUUUUUAGAGGGGUGCCAUUCUGGAUUAACUAAUUUCCCCGAACAUGAAGAAGAGGGAAGUACUGCAGCUUUUCCAGGAAUGGUCUGAUCCUGUAGGCUUCCAGCAGCCUGGUGCCACUGAUGGUCACAGUAAUUUCAGACUCGCAGGAAUGCAGAACCAGCUCCAAAGUGCGAUUUACCCUCCAUAGCCACAGAGCUGGACGGAAUUGGAAAGCUGUCCUUGCAAUUGCACAACGUGGUGAGUUUGUUCCAGACCUGCCUAUCGCAAGUCUGAAACAGGCUCCUUUUCUGAGAUGCUUUAACCAGGGACCUACAUUUCAAUUUUGGUUGGAUUUAUUUCAGGCUGAGUUUCUUUUUCUGUUUUCUGUUGUUCUGGCUUUACUUAAUCAGGUGUAGAGAAUUUAUUUUUCCUGAAAUGCUUAUCAAGUAUUCUUAAAGGUGUCAGUAUUUGUAUCUGCAAAAAUGAAACUUCAGGAUGUUCUACUGUUUCACUCAGUACAGGUGAACUUGCCACCGGUGAGGUCAACAAUUUAUGCUGUCAAGGCAUAGCAUGCUUUGAUAUUUUCAAAGGAAAUGAAACUGAGGUCUUAACUGAAAUUUGUCUCAAAGUAUCUGUUAAUAUCUAUGUAAUUCUGUAUAUUAGCAAAUGUCACUACAAGUUACAAAAAAAAAAAAUCAUCUUCCAUUUCUAGUUUCUAUAAUAAAAUGAAGACGUUGCAUUCAGUUCCUUUAGGUGCAUCAGUCUUUGAUCCAUGUUAUUGUUUCAGUGACAUUUCUAUAAUGUAAUUGGGAUCAAAUGUAUAUUUUACUUUUGUACAAAAGUAAAAAAUGAUAUUUUUAUGACUAAAUUCAGCAAACCCUUACCUAUAACCUGCUAAGAUGAAAUCUUUUUUUCCUUUCCUUUACAUGUAACCCAUUGUUUUUGCAGUAUGUCGGUUUGAAAUGAAUAAAUAACAGCUGUCAAUAUAACUGUAUAUGGCCUCUCAGACAUACCUCUGAUUUUAAUGAUCAAAUAUUACCGAUGUGAAAUAUAUAAACUGAAUAAUCUCCAUAUGAAAGUGCACCAUCAGGGCAACAAAACAUUUAAGCUGACACAGCUGUACUUAUUUCCACCAUUUACAAAUCGCUUACACUUUGGGUCAAGUAUGUACUUCAUUGUCACAUUACAGUUCAUUUUACUUCCAGUAGUGAAAUCGUUUGACUUAUCAUUUUUAAAACAUCUAAUGUUAUGAGUUCUUGAACUAUUUGAAAUGCAUAGUUUUCAUCUAUGCAAUUUUACCUGCUUCUGUACUUGUUCAUCUGUUCAUACUUGGCAUCAAUUAAAGAUAAUU